AUGGCAGCCAUUGUGGUGCUUGAGAGUGUGAGAAAACGACAUCCACGUUUUCAACAUGAAAAAUUGAAAAUUUUGUCUCCACAAAUGCUUAUAGACUGCCUUUGCGAAGAUCCUCCAAGAGAAAAAACAGAUCCAGACACUGGAUGUUACAUCCCUACUGUCAACAAGGCUUUCGACUGGUUGAAAGAAAACUCGUUGCAAUCUGAAGCCGAUUAUCCUUAUUUAUUUCAGCCUAAAGACAGUUUGAAGAUAAAAGAUUAUCUAAAGAUAAAAGGACAUGAGAGGACAAAACUUCUUCAACGUGUUGCUCGUCAUCCUGUAGCAGCAGUUAUUGACAUUACUAAGGAACUUUUGGCUCUAAAAGAUAAAAUUUAUGAAGGACCUGCUAUGAAAUCUGAGGGAGACCCAGCGAGACACGCUGUUGUAAUUAUCGGGUAUGGUAGGAUGAGAUGA